UUCAGGCUUUUAUGGUGUGUUAUUAUUUAAAAGAGUUUAGAAAUGAUACACACAAUACUUUUAUUCUCUUUGUGCUUAUGGCAUCUGGUUGAUGAACUAGAGUCAGUGUCAGUGACGGAGGGAGAUUCUCUCACGCUACACCAUAAUCUCUCUGUUUCUAACAUACAGAGAAAUGAUGAGAUCGAGUGGAGGUUUGAAGGCACUCGCAUCGCUAGAUUGAUCGUGAACAAUUCAGAAUAUUAUGAUGAAAACACAUUCAAAGACAGACUGAAGCUGGAUAAUCAGACUGGAUCUCUGACCAUCACAAACACCAGAACCACAGACUCUGGACUUUACCAACUAAAGACCAUUAUUGGGCUUAAGGAAUCAAUCAAGAGAUUCAAUGUUACAGUUAAUGUUCGGCCACCCUCUCCUACCACCACUUCAUCUUCCGAAAGCACGAGUGUUGCCGGUUCCUAA